GUGUCUUCGCAGGGCGUUAAGAAGCUAGAUCCGGCGCUGUUCUCUGAGUUCGAGGGCCGUGUGUUUGGAGACGAAUGCGUGUGUAGAGUGGACCUGUGCUCCAUGCUGAAGAAAAAGAGCGCAGAUGGAUACUACCACCGAGAGAAGAGUGUCAGCUUCAAUCUUUUGCAAAGCAGGCAGCGUGCCACUCGGACAAGUGUUAAGAAAGCCUCAGAGGAUGAGGAGUUAGUGAGUCUGAGUAAGCAGCUGGUGGAAGAUGCCGUGUUGCGGGCCGUGCAGCAGUACAUGGAGGAAACUCAACAGAACGGCACCGCGCCGAAAGACGAGGCUCCGCCGGGGGCCGCCGGCAAACUCAACACCACCAAAUGACCGCGUGAGCCCUGAGCCAGACCCUGCGGAGAGCCGCAACACGCCUCCACCUGCCAGGGGGCACCAGAGCGCAGCGGAGAGCGAUUGAGUUGAGCUGAAGUGGAGCAGAGAGUGUACACAAGCCAAGUGAAGACGCACACAGCACUCGAACUGAACUUUAUUUUCCUGCCUUCCCCCCGUCCUGCAUCACUAUCUGUUUGACUUUAUUUGUGACGGAUGCUUCAGAGAACAAGCAAACAGGUUCACACACACACACACACACACACAUGCUGCUGUAGUGUCUGGAGGCCGUUGCUUUGGCAUCUUCACUUCUGACAAUCACAGUGAACUGCUCAGAUUGACUGCACAUGACCUGCAGGCCUGAAGCCCGAGCCGUCAGAACAGCUUAUGAACUCUGAAAGUGUUAUGAACACGCUGUUGCGUUUGUGUGUGUGUAACUGUCAGAUGAUGAUGUGUGUGUUGUUUGUGCCGUAGGGUGUGUGUUUGCUCAGAGCAGAAUGGAUCGGGAAAGAGAGCGCAGGCGGACGCAGGUAGAGGCCAUAAAGACACUGUUAGCACAGGAAAACAUUCGAGCUAAGAUCCGACAGGAGCUCGACUCGGCCGUCAGAGGGAGUCCACACUGAAGCUCAUGGACACACACAACCAUCUCAAAGUAAACGCGCUCACACACACAGACCUUCACUGAUGAACACACACACACACUCACUCUGUGAGGUUCAGAAAAGCCACACACACAUCAGUCCACAGCGUUCUUACUGAAGCGAGGCUGGCCUGAAGUAAGCUUAUUAUAUGAUUUUUGGGGGGAAUUAAAAUGUAAAAGAGCUGAUUUGAUUUGUCACAGUGGCCUUAGAGAAAUCACACCUACUUAUAUUGCUGAAGAACAUGCCGUUUCAGUUUUGCUUUUGCGUAUUUUCACCAGAACCUUCAAAUGUGUCUUUUUAUGCUCCCUGUCCUGAUCUCUCUUGAGUUUGCCCGUUCUGAUGAAGUGUUGAAGCCAGCUCCAUUCAUGUAAACAGUGCUGUGAUGUCAUCGUUCAGCGUUUCCUUUCCCAUCUGUCACUUUUUUUACUCUUAAAAAUAAAGAUGACAGCGAGUGGACGUGA